AAGGAACAGCCGCUUGCGACUCGGCUGCAGAUUGGGUGUGUAACGAGUGGAGUCAGACGAGCCGAGUCGGCCAUAACCCAUCCUUGGAGUCUGCUUUCGAGCGAGAGAGAACAGUUGGGUGAAGGAGAAGAAAGUGGAGCGGAAGUCCAAGUGGGUGCGAGUGAGGUAUCUAAGGCAGCAGCAAGAGCGGUCGGUGAGAUGUCCAUAUCCUGCAGCAUGAGCUGGCUUCUACUCCGGCAUCCUGCUUUCCCUGUGCUAAAGAUCCCCAUUUGCUUGCAUUAUCGUACUUUGGAUGGUAUCAGGUCCUGAUAACAUAUUCCCUUCUGAAAGCAGCAGCCUUUGAGGUGCACUUCACUGCUUCAGCAUGUUAGCAUUUGUCGAGGUGAAUGAUCAAAGAAGAAAGAAGAGGUAGAAAACACAGUAUGUGUUGCACGAUUAGGAGCUAAGGUGGGUGGCGAGACGGGAGCACCAAGUGUUUGUCGAAAUGCUCAAACAAGGAUGAGGGAGGGACCCACCAAUGGAGCAUUGCUAUAUAUAAACAUAGAAUUUUGGGUCUUCACACGAAGGGUUGACCGAGUGACGUGGACGGGGCAUAUCGGACAGCAAAUCCAGCAACAGAUGGCCAUAGGAAUCGGACGCGGGAUUACCGUCGUCGGUUGGGAUCUAUGCUUAGAUUAGCCUCAACCGCUCCCGAGCCCCAGCGUCAACGACGAAGGAACGACGCAAGCCCUCAGCAACGGCCACCACCACCACCACCUCCUCUUGAAUUAAUCCUGCUGCUUCUUCCUCUCCAUCUCCAUCUCUUCCUCUUCUGCUCCUCUCUCUCUAUCUCUACCUCUCUGUGUAAUUCCCCUCCUGUUUCUCCACUGGCGCAGGAGGAGAACGAGAACGGCUGAUCGAUCGGAACAAUGGGUUGGUCUCCGGAGAACGCUGCCAAUGCAUACUUAGAUACUCUCAAGCUGCGUAGUCAGGACCAUGGAAGAAGAAACGAAGCUCAGAAAUCAGUGGAACCUGAGAGCAUCGAGUUCAUAUCCGCCUUGGCAGCUGGUAUGGGUGCCAAGUUGAUAGUCCAGGUCUCACCGAAAGCAUCCCAAUCAACGGUGGCCCUCGCUGCGGCAGCUCGACGAACCGGAGGGAGACUCGUCUGCAUACUCCCGGAGGAAGAAUCCCUGGCUUCCACCAAGGAGGUCAUCGAGGAGUCCGGCCUCAACGACAUAGUGGAGUUCAAGGUCGGGGAUCCGUACGAGCUACUGCCCGAGUACGAGAACAUCGACUUCUCCCUGGUGGAUUGCAAGUCCGACUCCUACACCGGCCUGCUCAAGUUGAUCGACGUCAACCCGAGGAGUUCGGUGGUGGUGGCCAAUCAUCUGGAAGGAGGGAAGGAAGGACUUCGUGGUGAUGUGCGCGGCUUGAACAAAGGCGCGGUUAGAUCCCUGAAGCGUCCGAUAGGAGAGGGGAUGGAGGUGACGAUGAUAGGAAAGAUCGACGAGGCCGGGACGAUGGCCACCAGAGGCAGCCCGGAACCGAAGCGGGCGUCCAGGGGAGGAGGGAGAAGGUGGUGGUCUCGCAAGAAGAGCAAAUGGGUGAAGAAGAUCGAUGAGAGCGGAGAGGAGCACAUCUUUAGGCUACCGCAGUCGCUUUAAGACCACCAAUACCGCGCGAACUUACUACUAUCCUAUCUUACGUGCAUCAUGCAAUACUGUGGAACAAACACCUUUGCAAAUAGCUGUUGUGGCUUAUAAGGUGGAGUGGGUGUGUUUGAGAAGAUGAUGCUGAUGACAUGUGUGAGUGGUUGACCUAUGUGACUUGUUUGUCAUGCCUACCGUCUCCUUCCCUCCAUGGAACAACUUGGAUGGGAGGAGAAAGGAACAACAUGAAUCGGUUCAGUUGCUAUGGUGAACAGAGGAAGGCCAGGAUUUUGAGGAACCAUGGCUGAGGCACAAAGACUUUGGCAUCAAGUUCAGCUGUCAGGCUGGUUGUUCUUCUUAUGUGUUUAUGAUUGAGAUGCAUGUAAAUCAAGUGAAAUGAGUGUAAUAUAUUAACAAUUUGUUCAUAGUAACUAUAUUAUCUAUCUCUAGUAUAGCUUGUCA